GUGUUCGCCCGCCAUUCUCUCGACGCCAUCUUUGUCUGAUAUUGAGCAUAUGAUCAUUGUUGUGAGCUCCUUGAUAAAAUUUUAAUAAAAUUAGACUGUGUUAACGAUUCGUCAUAAAAGUUGUGUUUUUCGUAAGAUUUUAAACGAAGUGAAUAAUGGCUCGUACCAAGCAAACAGCCCGUAAAUCUACAGGAGGUAAAGCUCCUCGUAAACAAUUGGCUACAAAAGCCGCACGUAAAUCGGCGCCCAGCACUGGUGGUGUCAAGAAACCCCAUCGCUACCGCCCAGGUACCGUAGCUCUCCGAGAAAUUCGUCGUUACCAGAAGUCUACGGAGUUGUUGAUUCGCAAGCUGCCUUUCCAGCGACUUGUGAGAGAAAUCGCACAAGAUUUCAAAACUGACCUUCGGUUCCAGUCUGCCGCCAUUGGCGCUUUGCAGGAGGCGAGCGAGGCCUACUUGGUGGGUCUGUUUGAAGACACUAACUUGUGCGCUAUUCACGCCAAGCGUGUCACUAUUAUGCCUAAAGAUAUCCAGCUGGCAAGACGGAUUCGAGGCGAACGUGCCUAAAUUAAUUUUAGUGUACCUAAUCAUAAAUUAUUUGUAAUUCGAAUAGAUGUUAAUUCUAUAACUCUUAAUAUUGAUUGUCUCGCAUUUCUUUUUUAUCUUAUUAACAUCGUAAUCAAUAAUUUAAUGUAAGGAGACAGCAGAACUGAAUUUUUUUUAUAAAUAUGUUCUUAUUCUGUAAGUUUAUCUAUAUUGUGUGUACAAGAUAUGUAGCUCAAUUUCAAUACAUUUCAUAUUGUAAUUUUCCUUGUCAUCAUGUGCAGAGUUGCUCAUCAUUCGUUACUGUGUCUUGUACAGCAACAUAGCCUGUAUUUUAGUGACUUGUGGUAUGUCUAGGUUGUAGAAUAGGCAAUAUUGUAACCACAUGAAAGGAAACCUGUGUUUAAGUAAUUUGAUAGAUGCACUUAUCGAUAAUUGUGUAAUGAAAUACUUUGGUGUUAAUAAAUAUAAUUAGAAUAAAAAUGGUUU